AUGCUUGGAGCUGCAGUUUCAGGGGCCCCGGGUGCUGCUGCGGUGCUGCAGCUGGGAUCGGGGAGGAGACGAUCCCGCAUACGAUCCCAGGGUAGAGAGGAAACAGAAAUGAGGCUGGAGCUGCAGCAGCAGCUGCAGCUGCAGCAGCAACAGCUGCAGCAGCAGCAGCAGCUGCAGCAACUGGAACUGCAGCAGCAGCAGCAGCUCGACAUUAGACGCAGCCGAGCUUGGUGA